GCGUGGCGUAGUAGUUUUGGCAUCGAUACUAUGCAAUAAUGGACAUUGUUGGGUUAGUGAAGAAGUCUUAUGCCGAUUACGGCACCAUGCUAAAGGAUUCUUGGUACACCAUCAGCACGGAAGACCUCAAUCUUUCAUGGGCAAUCAAACUACUCGUAGCUAUCUUUGUCAUAGUAGCCACCAGCUACGUAUGUCGUAGAAAAUAUUUAAGAAAACUGGAAGAAAAGAUGCAGCUCCAGAACCAGUACGCAUCGCACAUGCGAUUCCGCAAGCGUGAUAAAAUGAUGUUUUACGGCCGGCGAAUGCUACGGAAGGUAAAAUCCAUAUCAGGCCAAGCGUACGGUGGCCAGGGUCGUAAGCGGCGCGCGGUGAUGCGCUUUGCGAAGCGGCUGCUGCUACGCAAAGACGUAACACCGACCCAGCUGCUGGUGAUAGAGCCGCCGGCCGAAUAUCUGGAGGUUGCAUCCGAUGGGAACGAUCGUGUACCGCCGGACGCGCUCUAUAUGCUACAAUCAAUCCGCAUCUUUGGCCACUUUGAGAAACCCGUCUUUUUGAAGCUGUGCAAGCACACGGAAAUCAUCAAUCUAAUAGCGGGCGAAAGCUUGAUCAAGGUAGGAGAUCCGGAUGACAGUGUGUUCAUCGUGCAGACGGGACAGGUGAACGUGUUUCUCAACAAUCCGGACGGGAGCUCCAUUACGCUGAAGGUGGUACGGCAAGGUGAAUCGGUCACAUCACUGUUGAGCUUCAUCGAUGUGCUGGUGGGCAACGCGAGUCAGUACAAAACGGUCACGGCACGUGCAAUGGAAAACUCGCAAGUGAUCCGACUGCCAAUGUUUGCCUUCCAGCAAGUGUUUGGUGAAUGUCCCGAUUUGCUGGUGCGUGUUAUACAGGUAAUAAUGGUGCGUUUGCAGCGUGUCACUAUUACCGCACUGCACAACUAUCUUGGGUUGAGUACGGAGUACAUACAGUGUUCGUCCCAGCGGAAAAAGAUACCAAUUGCACCACAAACCAAGGGCAGUCCCGGACAUCGCCGUGUGCCUUCCGAUCAGGUGCAUCCCGUGCCGCAUUCGCUCGUGGGCGACAUCAAACCGGACAUGUUGGUAGAUCUUUCCGAAGGGCAGCAUAAUGUCGGUCGCCGAACGUCUGCACUGCCGAUCGAACCGAUCGAUCAUGCGGUACUAAAAGCGCAUGCUGUGGAUGGAUUUAUGCAGGAGCUUGAUCUUCCCGAUACGCACAAGGCCACAAUCGAGGAGAGCAUACUGAUCAAAGAGGUAUCGCCUGGCACUACGCUCGUUCAUCAGGGUGUGCUGGAUGAUGUGAUGCUUAUUUUUGUUAUUGCCGGUGGGCUCACGCUUACCCAGUGCCCACAGACCGGACCGAUUGCACAGGAUGCCAAUAAGGGGGUGGGAGAUAAGAUGGACAAUCAUACCGUCACCAUUUACCCAGGCGAUGUGGUGGGUGGGUUGGCGGUGCUAACAGGUGAAUGCAGUCUGUACACGAUCCGUGCGAAGCAUAACUCUCGUGUAGGCUUACUCAACAAGGAUGUCAUUUACAAAAUCAUGCGCGAACGUCCAGCGGUAGUACUCGAUAUAGCAAAUAGCGUCGUAAAGCGCCUUUCGCCCUUGGUGCGGCAAUGUGACUUUGCGCUCGAUUGGAACUUCAUCGAAUCCGGUCGUGCGGUUUACCGGCAGGAAGAAACAAGCGACUCCACGUACAUCGUCCUAAACGGACGUCUCCGUUCGGUAACGACGCAUCCAAACGGGAAGAAAGAAAUAGUGGGCGAGUACGGCAAGGGUGAUCUGAUCGGUAUCAUCGAAAUGAUCACGGAAACGCCACGUACGACUACGGUGAUGGCUGUGCGUGAUUCCGAGCUAGCCAAGUUACCGGAAGGCUUGUUUAACGCGAUCAAAUUCAAGUAUCCGAUCGUGGUAACACAGCUCAUUAGUCUGCUCAGCCACCGUAUAUUAGGUUCGAUGCGUUCGCGCCCGAUUGCCACCAGCUCGUUUACGUCCGUGUCGUUCGAUACGAACCAGCAGAUUCAGCACCGCUACUCAACGGUGGCGAUCGUGGCGGUCAGCGAUGAUGUGCCACUGUCGCCGUUUACGUACGAGCUGUACCAUUCGCUCAGCACGAUCGGUUCGACGGUCCGGCUAACGUCGGAGAUUGUACGGAAAGCGCUCGGUACAUCGAUUAUGGAACCACCGAACGAGUAUCGGCUGACGAGCUGGUUGGGGCAGCAGGAAGACCGGCACAACAUCACGCUCUACCAGUGUGACAAUUCGUUCGGUCCGUGGACCCAACGGUGCCUGCGGCAGGCGGAUGUUAUACUGAUCGUCGGGUUCGGCGACCGGUCACCGGUGAUGGGCAAGUUGGAGAAGGAGAUCGACCGGUUGGCGAUCCGCACGGCAAAGGAGCUGGUGCUGUUGCACCCGGAGGAAGGUAACAGCUGUCCGUCGAACACGAUCAGCUGGUUGAAUAUGCGGGCGUGGGUAUCACGCCAUCAUCACAUCCAGUGCCCGAAGCGUAUGUUUACGCGCCGCAGUCAGAACAAAAUUGCUGAGCUGUAUGAACGGAUCAUGAAAAACGAACCGUAUAUCCAUUGUGAUUUCUCCCGGCUGGCACGCUGGCUGACCGGUAAUUCGGUGGGGCUGGUGCUCGGUGGUGGUGGAGCUCGUGGCGCUGCCCACGUCGGCAUGCUGAAGGCGAUCCAGGAAGCUGGAAUUCCCAUUGAUAUGGUGGGUGGUGUAAGCAUCGGUGCGUUCAUGGGUGCGCUCUGGUGUAUGGAAAAGAAUAUAACAACCAUGACACAAAAAGCUCGCGAAUGGUGCACGAAAAUGACGCAAUGGAGCCGACAGCUGCGUGACCUUACGUACCCAAUAACGUCCAUGUUUUCCGGGCGCCAUUUUAAUCAAACGAUCCACAGUACGUUCGGAGAUAUAUGCAUCGAGGACCUGUGGAUACCAUACUUUACCCUUACCACCGACAUCUCCGCCAGCUGUGCCCGCGUGCACACACACGGAGAUCUGUGGCGUUAUGUACGUGCCAGUAUGUCUGUAGCCGGUAUAUUUCCUCCUAUCUGUGAUACACGAGAUGGCCAUCUGCUGUUAGAUGGUUGCUAUACUAAUAAUGUGCCAGCCGAUGUAAUGCGUGCGCAAGGUGCAGCACACAUCAUAGCGAUAGAUGUCGGAUCGCAGGAUGAUACAGAUCUGACAGACUACGGCGAUGACCUGUCCGGUUGGUGGUUGCUGUACAAGCGCUGGAAUCCGUUCACCUCACCGGUGAAAGUACCGAAUCUGCCCGACAUACAAUCACGCCUUGCAUACGUAUCGUGCGUGCGUCAGCUGGAGGAGGUUAAAAAGAGCGACUACUGUGAAUACAUUCGACCACCGAUCGACAAGUAUAAGACGCUUGCGUUCGGUAGCUUCGACGAGAUUAAAAACGUUGGCUACGAGCAUGGCAAAGCGUAUUUCCAGAGCAUGGCGGAAAAUGGUCGACUGACGCGCUUCAACCAAUGGUCCGUACAUCCGAUACCGAAGAAGGCCACCCAUUCGUUGAACGAGUACUCUUUCGUCGAUCUAGCGCAAAUCGUUUGCAAGGUACCGGAAACGUAUCCGGAGCGAGGGUACUCAUCGAGCGAGGACGAUUACUACGACGGUUACGCGUCGGAACCGUCGAGCAUGCCGCUCAAGAAGGGAUACAAUAUGCCGCUGAUGCGUUCGGCUGGCUCGCUGUCCCUGUCCGAUAACGAUAUGGAUUCGGACGAGCUGGAAAUACCGAGACCUUUCAGACCACUGUCCGCCAAUCGAAACGCCGCAGCUGUAGGCGAUAGAAAGGAUUAG